UAUCACAACAAACCAAAUUCAUAUCACAUCAAUACAUACAUAAACAUAUAAUGGCUACACAAUGUAAGCUAGCAUGCGCAGUUGUUCUUCUGGGCAUGGUGGCGUUUGCGCCGUACGCGGAGGCCGGCGUCUCUUGCAGCACCGUGUACGGCGACCUGAUGCCCUGCCUGGGCUACAUCAUGGGGAGCGGCAAGCAGGUGCCGGCGGCCUGCUGCAGCGGCAUCAAUUCCCUCUACAACGCCGCCGCCACCACCGCCGACCGCCAGGCCGUCUGCUCCUGCAUAAAAUCCGCCGCUAAGGGCGUCAGUCUGGACGUCAACAGGGCGGCCGGCGUGCUCAGCAAGUGCGGCGUCAGCGUGUCGUAUAAGAUCAGCGCCGACAUGGACUGCUCCAAGGUGGAAUGAUGAAUAAGCCGCCAUUGAUGGUGCAUGGAGUACUUGCGUGGGCGUGUGUGUAUGGGAUCAAUCAAAAAAUAAUCCCUAAAUAAUAUGAGCUCCUCCCUAGUCCCUAAUCCCUAUCGUUUGGGAGAAUGGGAGCUCUAUGUUAAAUGUUAAUCCCUUGUUUAUAUAUUAAAGUUUCUAUAUAUGAAAAUGUAUUGAAGAAGCUCGCUCUUAUAUAUAUGUGUGUUAUUAAUUGUCAAUUGUGUAUCA